GUCCCUUUUGGUUAACGGAUAAACUGUAAAAAAAAAACAGUUGUUCCUUUUAAAACUUACUCAGUUAAAUAAAAGGACAAGCAUGGAGAUUGGGACAGAGAUCAGCAAGAAAAUAAGAGCUGCUAUCAAGGGCAAGCUUCAAGAGCUCGGUGCAUAUAUUGAUGAAGAGCUUCCUGAUUAUAUCAUGGUGAUGGUAGCAAACAAGAAAACCUCGCAGCAGAUGGCGGACGACCUAUCCCUUUUUCUUGGCAACAACACUAGUAAAUUCACAAUAUGGCUACAGGGUGUCCUCGAGAAGUUAAGAACGGUUGCAGCCGAGCCUGCCUCCCUCAGCACACCAGUGCCUCAGUCGGACAGUGGUGCUGUGGCUGUGAGAAGCCGGUCGUCUUUGACUGAGGAAGUCAGAGCAGAGGAGUUAAAGCUGCUGAUGGUGUCCAGCUCCCACUCUGAUAGGACUGAAGCACGCGUGUCCAGCUCCGCUCAUGAAAGCAGGAGAAGCAGCUUGGAGAAGAGUUCUUCUCGUCUAACCUCCACUGUGAAGCCCCUCAUGGAGCCGCUCCCCUUAGAUGCCAUUAUUGACAUCAAACCUGACAUGGAUUAUGACCUCAUCGCUGAGGAACCUGUAGAAAUCGCCACCAGCCAUGGACGACCACGCGGGGCACCUAGCAGACCCACAGCAGAAAUCUACCGACCGGGUCAGAGCAAGUAUUCAUCAGUUAGCUCUGCAGACUCGUGUCGGCCCUCAGAAGGAUCCUCUCACUACAGACAGCAGGACAGCAGAAGCAGCAGAUCAUCCAGAACCGGAUCCAGUAGGGAGGAGUUGUCACGGAAGCGUAAGGCGCCUGUAGCGAGUUCUGUGGUGCGGGUGAACAGAGUGGCAGAUGAAGACAGCGAUGACAUGGAAGAGGAGGAUACAGGCUAUGGAGGCAGAGGCCUAUCCAGUAGAGUGUCCCUACCAUCCAAACCAGAACGCAAGUCAGUGUCAACCAAAUGAAAUACCAAGAUUGUAAUUCAUUAAU